AUGCGCCUCAAAGCGCUCACAUUCGCGCUCGCGCUCGCUCUGCCCACCCAGGCCGCGCCUGCACCGCGGCAGGCGCCCGGCACCUUCGUCUCCGCAGAUGACCUGACGGGGAACACAGAUGUGAUGAUCGCGGGCGCGUCGGUGGCCUACCGCAUGCGAUACCGCACCGACCAAUACGGCGCCGCGAAAGACGCUCUCGCGACGGUAUAUGUCCCCGCUGGCGCCGGCUCGGGUCCGCUGCGCGUGCUCGCAUACACGCACGGCACGUCGGGCGUGGGCCGCGAAUGCACGGUCGGGCUCAAGAUGGGCUGGGGGGGACGGUACGACGCGUGGCUCGGCCCGUUCCUGGACGCGGGCUACGCCGUCGUCGUGCCCGAGUACGGCGGGCUCGGGAUCGACGACUCCCACCCCUACCUCGACGGGGAGGAGACGGCGAAGAGCGUGCUAGACGCCGUGCGGGCGGCGCACGCUGGUGCGGCGCUGCACCCCGGCUUCGUGCCCCCGCUGCGGAAGGAGUUUGUGGUGUACGGCGGGAGCCAGGGCGGACACACGGCGCUGUGGGUCAACGCCAUUGCGGGAUGGUACGCGCCCGACCUGCGCGUGCUGGGGAGCGUGGGCGCGGCGGUCCCCGCCGACGUGGCGGGCAGCUUUGGCCUCCUCACCCCAGCCGUGCCGUACCUCCCGAUCGUGGCCGAACUCACGGCAUAUAUGGGGUAUGUGUUGGCGGGGCUGCGGAAUGCGGGCGUCGACCUCGCGCAAUUCACCGAGCUCAGCGACGCGGGGCGCGCGUUCGCGCACACGGCCGCGACGGCGUGUUACCAAGACUUGGUGGGCAACACGGUCGCGAGCGGGGGCCUCGUCACCCGCCCGCUGGCGGGCACGGGGCUCGUCAACGCCGUGCGCGCGCACACGACGCUGCCCGUCGGCCCGCUCGCCGCGCCCGUGUUCCUCCAGAAGGGCCUGCUCGAUCCCGUGUCGCCUCUCUCGGCCAUCAAUGCGUACGAGAGCCAGCAGGUCGCCAAGGGCACGAACAUUUUCGCAAAGGUCUACGUGUCUGGUCACGCACUGCCGGUCCAGACUGCCGCGGACGCGCUGCGCUGGUCCAAUGGCCUGGCGUGGUAG